AUGAACCAAACACCUUAUUUUAAAUUUGCAGAAGGAGCGAGUACAUGUGGAAGCUGCAUCGCUUGCAUGACAGAUUCAAAUAUUUUGAAGCGUGUUUGGGAGGGUAAGGUUCCAGCUUGCUUUACGUUGGCACAAGAGGAUUUGGCGCAUGAAGAUCAUGCUCCUCCGCCUAUAUAUAUGUUCCUUCCUCGUGUUUCUUAUUUUCCGUUGGUUACUGAAAAAGUUAUAAGACAAUUCAGUCAGUUUUCUGAAUGUGCACUCAAGACUGCAUCCAAAGAUAUGACCUCUGAGACACGGGGCAAAUUAGAACAUGAAAUGCAAUAUACUCAAUCCGAUCAGAUUGAUACUUUCAAACAGCAUCCUUUAAUACACGAAUUUUGGCUUGAAUAUGCUCAUCAACCCUUGAAAUGGCACUAUCCGAUCGGACUUGUAUUUGAUAUGUGUGCAGAUACAGUGGAUAUUCCAUGGAAGAUAACAGUUCAUUUUAGUAAUUAUCCGACUGACUUGCUUUUAUCCCCACCGGUAAGUCGACUAGCUGUUGAAGCACAUUUCCUGUCGAUGAUUAAAGAAGCCGAUGCUUUAAAGCAUCGUAGCUACGUUAUCAAUCAAAUGCAAGCUAGAGAUCAUCGGCAAUUGUGGAAUGGCUUAUUACACUUUCGAUAUGACCAAUUUUGGUCGAUCAAUAGCAAAUUAAUGGAGCCUCUUCCACAAAAUACCAAGGAUCUUCCUUUAGAGGAAAUGUCUGCCCCUGGAAUUCCAGAAAAUAAACCAUUGUCUUCAAGUCUCAAUAACAUGUCAUCUUCAAAGUGUAGAACUUUUCGUUACAUUCCAUGUCGUCUUUAUUGUGUUUCUGAAAAUUCAAGUUCCACACCAUCCGGUUUCAUUCAAAAACUUAUUCGUCCUUUAAAUGAUGAUGGUUCGCUUACUUCACUUCAAGAUGCUAUCGAAAUUCUUUUGCAUACAAAUAAAAAUCCACUUGUACAAAAUACCAAACCAAAAGGGUAUCUGUUUUUCAUCCAUGGUAUCACAUUACCCCACGAAACACCGAUGCAAUGGAUCAGCGAACACUUAUCCUAUCCUGACAAUUUUGUGCAUGUUGUUGCACGUCCUCAAAGCCAUUCUCAUCGAAUUAAAAUUCAUAAUCCUUCAUACAUGUAA